AUGGCCGUAUGACUUUCUCAAUCUGGAUAUCCCCCAAAUCUAUGAACUUACUGCCUCGGCCUUGGGGGGUUUGAUCUGGGCUUUACAUGUUGAGGUAAGGGGAUUGUUGGGAACCCUGAAGGAGAGGGUCGAUCUCUCCAGCACGUGUGAUGUUGUUACUUGGAUUGACAUCUGGACGACGGUUCUGCCUUUUUAUUGGAUGCUUUUUGCUGAAUCGUGAGAAGGCUAUUGGAUUUUUUUAAAAAAAAUUCUUGGCAGUCUUCAGUUCUCUGUCCUUGUUAUUUUUAUUAAUUUUACGAAGAAGUAUAGAGAGAGCAUUGUGAUUAUCUAGAAGAAGGAUCUAGUACGAAUGAAGAAAAUAUUUAGAUAGAGAAUACUUGGAUUUACUGUAUUCUCUGGUUUCAUAUGCUAGAUCUGUAUGCCCAUGUAUCUCCCUCUCUCUCCCUCUCUCUCCCUCUCUCUCCCUCUCUCUCUCUCUCUCUCUCUCUCCGGCUGUCUUAUGCUGGAUCUGGGUACCUUGAAGAGCUGUCAUAUACCAGUGGAUUUGUUUCGAGGUUUUCUGACAUAAAUGUUACACCACUGAAGCUCCUCGAGAGCUUGGCGUCGGCCACGACCUUCAAGUUUAGUCUCAUUCAUUCAUGGAACCCAACCUUCUGAUGCGCGUCUGAGGAUCAGAGGUUUUCUAUUUAUGAACGACGGGCCACGAAUUGCUAGUUGUUGACUGGGAAUCUUUGGCUGAGGGGAAGAAGGUGGAAAGCCUUGAUCUCCUGUUUUAAAAAUGUUUUCUGCUGCAACAACAUGGAUGUGGCCGUAGAUUUUUUUGUUUCUUCUUCUUCUUCUUCUUCUUCUUCUUAUUGAUGGUGUUCUUCCUCCGCCCUGGGUGUAGACGGUCGUUCUGAAGGUUACCAUGUCCUGCCAAGGGUGCGUCGGAGCCGUGAAGAGAGUCCUCGACAAGAUGGAAGGUCAGAGAGUAGCUUCAGAGUCCUCCCCAUCCUGAAUGGGUGGGAUUCUUUUGUCGUUGUUCUCAGCACUCAGAGGCCUCGCUGACUUUCGGUGGAUAUCCAGGCGUGGAGUCGUACGACGUCAACUUGAAGGACCAGAAGGUGACCGUGCUGGGGACGGCGAAACCCGAGGCGGUCCUGCAGACCGUGUCGAAGACGGGGAAGAAGACUGAAUUCUGGAGGGAAGAGGCAGAGGCCAAGGAGGCACCUCCCGCCGCCGCCGCCGCGGAGGAGGCACCCGCCGCUGUCGCAUCUCCUGAAGCGGAGGCGGCCCCCGCCGCCGCCCCCGCCCCCGCCCCCGCCCCCGCUCCCGAAACCACCGCCGCCCCCGCCCCCGCCCCCGCCCCCGCCCCCGCCCCCGCUCCCGAAACCACCGCCGCUUGA